AUGAAGAUCAAUUGCUGUAUCGCAGCGGCCAUCUUGGCCUACUGCGCUGCUGCUGCUGCUGCUGCCAGCCCAAACCCGACCAGCACAAUGACAUCAGCUUCUCUUCCUUCAGAACCAGUCUCGCUCUUCGUUUUUCCAGAUGGAGCCAUCAAAUCAAAAACUCCAGGAAGUUCGAACACAGCAUCCAAGAACCCUGGAAAUCUCGAGGAUUUCCCCACCAUUCGCGAAGACUUCUCUCUGAACCACCACAAGAAUGGCACUCACAGAUCUGGCUAUCGUCCCGGUUAUCGUCCCGGUGGUCAUGGUCCAGUCGUUCAUCCUCAUCAUGGAAAAGAUCACAAGAACGAAACAUUGAGCAAGGAGCAUCAUCUUGAUGCCAGGGCCCUUGACCACAAGCAUGGCAAGAACAGCACAAUUAAUCAUUACCGUCCAAUCUUUAGGCCAAUGGGACAUGGUGGUUACGGUCCUGUCAUGCUACCUCCACACCCAGUUGCGAAACAUAAUGCUUCUCAUGGAAUGCAUUCUCACCCAGCAGCAAAGCACAAUACUACAAUUGGAAAGCAAUCUCAUCACGGAGCCAAGCAUAACUUCACCCUCGGAAUGCACUCUCACCCAGUAGCCAAGCACAACACUACACUCGAAAAGCAACAUGCGCAUAUAGAGAACUGGAAGAACAAGAUCAUCUCGGACUUCAAGAAAGGAAAUCUCAGUGUAGUUGAAAUGCUGAAAGCUCUCCACGUGCUCCAUGGAAGCCAGCCAGCCAACAUUACCAGCCCAGCUACCUUGAACACCACCAGUGCAGCACCUCAGACCGAGGACGAAGCCAUCAUGUCGUACUUCAUCAGCUCGAGCGAGGACGCGCAACCCGGAAACUGCAGCAUGAGGAAGGCAAUCGAAGCACGCAAAAUUAUCCACAACCACGAUCAAGACCACACCAUUGUCGACGACUGCAAGAUCACUUCUGCCGAGAAGACGUCCAAGGAGGCUAGCUCCAUCAUCUCCAAGACAAAGACGGAGAUCACGAAUGUCCACUCGGACAAAACGUCUAACAAGCACAAGACGCUGGCUGAUGCGUCCGAUGAGAUCAAUGGUAUGGUCGACUUGCCACCUCAGCUGGUGGACUACUACCUCGACCAAUUGGCAAAAAUGAAUGCUAGCAACGCCAACACGUUCAACAACACCACUGGUGGAAAGACCACCCUGAAGACGUAUACCAAGACUGAUCCUAAGGAAGGAACGGGGUCUUCGGACACGAACUAUCGCUCUAUCAACGUGACUUCAGUCAACAGACAUGAGGAGCUUGAAAUGGACGGCCAUGUGCCAAUCAGCGUUAACUCUAAGGCUUACAACGAGACACCAGCGCUAAGCUCGUCAUCGUUGCUCAGCUCUAUCGAGCACAGCUCUGUCGCCACCAGCUUGGACGUCAAGCUUACGCCAACUGUUCACUCGAGCAUUGAGCCUGCUAUAACGCAUGAAGCCAGUACAACGUCUUUCAGCAAGUCCUCCAUCAGCUUGGAGCACUCAUCCACUCCUUCCCCAACGACCUUCUCAUCAGUCACAACUUCUACCCCAGACGCAACUGCAGAGGCCAAUAAAAAACUUGCUUCCGUCCUCGCAUCCCGCCUUCGAGCAAUCAGCGUCCACACCACCACCGACUCCCCCAAGGAGACUACCCAACCCUCCACCUCCACCUCGGAACAGGAGAACGACAACCAGCCCACAGCCACCAGCACCAACGAAGAAGAAACCCCCAUCCAAACCCCAAAGCCCUCCACCGACGCCAAGAAAAAGCUCGCCUCACUCCUCAGACCCAAGUUUGGCGGCCAAACCUCCACUGACUCUGCCUCUGCCAAGAAGACAACUUCUCCAGAAGAGACCAGCAAUGGAGGAGAGACAACCCAGCCCGAGAGGCGUGGCCAAAAAGCAUACAUCAACGAGGUCGCAAGGCUGAGCAAGGUGCAUAUGGAUGCCACUUCUGCUUGCAAGUCGAAUGUGACUUGUGUUGCUGAGUCGAAUCAGAAUUAUGCGCUUGCGCUUUCGGAGGUGAAGUAUCAUUAG